UCAUCACAUUUUCUCCCUCUGCUUCUUGCAAUUGCAUCAUAUUAAGCAUUCAACAUCAAGCCAAGUCUUCUUCAACAUGAGCUUCAUUCUUACCCUGUCGUGCCCGGACCGACCAGGCAUUGUUAACGCCGUCACAGCCUUCCUGGUGCAGCACAACCUGAAUAUCAUCGACUCUUCGCAAUUCGGUGACUCAACCUCGCAGCGUUUCUUCAUGCGCAUGCAUUUCGGCGCCGCUGCCACCGAUGCCGGCAGCGAUGGUGCGCCCGAUAUCCAGACCCUCCGCAAGGCCUUUGAGCCUACCGCCGCCGCCCACUCGAUGGAAUUCCAGCUCGUCCCAGCGGACCACAAGCCCCGCGUGCUGAUCAUGGUGUCCAAGAUUGGGCACUGUCUGAACGACCUCCUUUUCCGUCAGUCGACCGGCCAGCUCUCCGUCGACAUUCCCCUGAUUGUGUCCAACCAUCCGGACUUUGCGCCGCUCGCCGCGACGUAUAAGGUGCCCUUCAUGCACCUGCCCGUGAAUGCGGAGACCAAGCCUCAGCAGGAGGCGCGCAUCAUAGAACUCGUCAAGGAGUAUGACAUCGAGCUGGUGGUUUUGGCACGAUACAUGCAGGUCCUGUCACCCACGCUGUGUGAGGCGAUGUCCGGACGCAUCAUCAACAUCCACCACAGUUUCUUGCCUUCGUUCAAGGGCGCCCGACCCUAUCACCAGGCAUAUGAUCGUGGUGUGAAGAUUAUCGGAGCCACUGCGCACUUUGUCACAAGCGAUUUGGAUGAGGGUCCGAUUAUCGAGCAGAGUGUUGUUCGUGUGAACCACGCGCUGAGCCCUAAGGAAUUAACCCAUGCUGGAAGCAACGUGGAGAGCAAUGUGUUGGCAACUGCCGUCAAGUAUGUCACUGAGCGGAGGGUGUUGUUGAAUGGACACAAGACCGUGGUCUUCAACUGAUGAACAUUUUAUGAUGAAUUGAUUGCUUGAUGGCUAUGUACUGCUAUCUUUUCUCGACGUGAUAUACUGUACAAGAGAAAAAAAAAAAAGCAAAAUUGCAUAGCUUUAAUUAUAUUUGGAUUUCCGCAUGGAAUGGGUGGUAGUCCUCUUCGCCGGCCCAUUGUGCCUGGUGCAAAGAUUCGUCCAUCUGCGAUGCAUCCAUCCCGGCGAUGAUAUCCUCGUCGGUUGCGAGAACUUCAAGUCCAGGAACACAAUCCACUAGCGCAUAGAGGACGUAACUG